AGCGCAAACAGGGGUUUGUGCUUCGCCACCUUGCAGAGCCACGAGCAGCAGACAUCCUGCAAAACAUGGAUUGCAUCUUGGCCAACUGGGUUUUAUUACAGAGACACACUUUAAAAAGUUCAUAAUGGAUCAACAAGGAAUUUCAUAAGUGCUGUUAAUAAACAAUCCAUUGCUAGGAAAUAAUGCCAACGUAACAAAAUGAAGUCACAGUACCAUUCAUUAUUCCUUAACACUGAACAGUUGGUUUAAAAAACAUAGGAGAUGCUUCUACAAUGCUUUAGCUGUCUGUGCUCAAUUGGAGCACUUGUUUUCCCUCUGUUGCCUCAAGACAGUCCUCACCAGCCUCUGUAAAUCAUGCUGGGCGUGUUCACAGCCUGCUUUUGGCAGCCAUAACUCCCCUGUUCAUCCUUCAUAACUUUUAGCAGGUAUACAUUUCCAUAAAAAGGGCUACCCCGUCUCUCAGAAUACUUCUUUAAAGCAUCUGUGGAAUAAAAGCUACCGUUCCCCACUAAGAUUUUAAAACUAAAGAGGGGAAACAAAAUCAGACUCCUUCAGACAAUCCCCUCAAACUCAAGUCCUCUUGCAAAAUCUCCCCUCCGACAAAGUGAGCUUGCAGACUGCAUUUCAGGCAAAACCUUCUUUUUGUUUUCCUUUCUUAACUACAUCACAUUAAAUUUAAUUUUGUUCACUGUAGACAAUGUCCUUAUCUUCCAGCGAGAUCCUUCUGUUCCUCAGCAAGGCACGCACUUCUGCAACACUUGCACACUGUCGAGACUCAGCUCCUGUGGAAAUAAUGAGCUGAGGAAAAGGAGUCUUGACUUGACAUAGCAAUAAAUGAGAAGCAAAGGAAGAAUAAAGAUAAAGGCUGCAAGCGAAUGAAUGAGGAGAGAAAACUAAGAUAAUGCAGUCGAUAAUCAGUUCAAGGCAGAGCAUUAUCCAUGGGGCCAUCGGUCCGGCCCUAGGGGAGAGCUUUUUAAAAUGUCUCUACGAGGCUCAUGACUACAAGUACUACGAUGAGCACACACAACUGGAGCAGGAUCCCUUCCUCCAGCAGCAGUCCUCGGAGGACCCUGACUGGUUUGAGGAAUAUUUUGGCUACAAUGAUAACACAAAAGCAGACCCAUGUUCCUCCAACCCCUGCAAGAACAAUGGUAGGUGUGAAAACAGAGGAAACAACUUCAGCUGUCUCUGCCCCGAGCCGUAUGCAGGGACUACAUGCAAGAAAGUGAAGGACAUGUGUUUGGACCAGAGGUGCCACGAGGGAGACUGCCUGGUUACGUUAACCCCACCUUAUUUUCAGUGCAGCUGCAGUCACCCCUACAAGAUACCCAACUGCCAACGAGCAUCUUCACCGUGCAAACCAAACCCAUGCAAAAAUGGAGGUAUCUGCAUACGGCACAGAAUCAGAUCAAAAUUCACCUGCAAGUGCCCUGAACCUUUCAGAGGGAGAUUCUGUGAGAUCGGAGUGGAUGAUUGUUAUGAAGAGGCCUCCUCUAACUACAGAGGAAGAGUGAACCAAGCAGUGAAUGGCAAGACCUGCCUGCACUGGAAUUCCCACAUUCUCUUGGACUACCCUAUUAAUGCCUUUAUGGAGGAUGCUGACUCUUAUGGUAUUGGUGAACAUAACUUCUGCAGGAAUCCUGAUGAGGAUGAAAAACCCUGGUGCUACAUCAGAAAAAAUCACAGAGUAGAAUGGGAAUUCUGUGAUGUUUCACCCUGCUCAGGAACAGAGAGCCCAUGGCCAACAGACAGCCCAACAGUCCAACAUGGAUCAAAUGAAAUAUUCAAAACAUGUGGACAACCAGAAAUUCAAAGGACACUCAAGAGGAUCUAUGGUGGAGCUAAGACUACAGCUGGCAAACAUCCCUGGAUGGCAUCUCUGCAGAUAAAGACUUCAAAAAAGAGUGAACAUUUCUGUGGUGGAGUGUUAAUUAAAGCAUGCUGGGUUCUUACUGCUGGGCACUGCAUUGAACAACCAGCAGAUGAUCUCCAAGUAGUCCUUGGAAAGCAAGACCUCAAGAAGAGAGAGCAUCAAGAGCAAAUAUUUGAUGUGGAGAAGAUCAUCGUACAUUACAAAUACAGAGAGAAGAAUGGUGUCCCACACAAUGAUAUUGCACUACUUAAAUUGAAGCCAGUUGAUGGUCACUGUGCAGUGGAAACAAAGUAUGUGAAAACAGCAUGUCUGCCUAACUUCUUCUUUCCCGUUGGGACCGACUGCUUCAUUUCUGGAUGGGGCAGGACAGAGACAGAUGAAGUAUCCCGUCAGCUGUUAGAUGCCAACGUCAGGCUGAUUUCGCAGAGGAAAUGCAAUGCACCCAGAGCAUAUGAUCACAUACUGGAUGAAAGCAUGUUUUGUGCAGGAAAUCUUCAGAGACCCAGAGCUGAUUCUUGUCAGGGAGACUCCGGAGGCCCACUAACUUGUGUAGAAAAUGGCUCCUACUAUGUAUAUGGACUUGUGAGCUGGGGUGAUGAGUGUGGGUUAAAAAACAAGCCAGGAGUUUAUACCCAGGUGACAAAAUUUCUCAGCUGGAUUAAAUCUGUAAUUCGGUCUGAGUCAAGGUCAAUUCAUUAGCAGACAGCUUUGGAAUGAUAAAUGAAUUUCUGAAGCAUCAGGGUUGACUGUGACCUGCUGAGAACCUUCCGUCUCCCGGUGGCCCUGUUAAAUCAAACCCAACUAAUUUGUGAGGACAGCCAGUGGACAGGAGAAGGUUUUAACAAUAAUUCUAUAAAAAUAUUUGUAUAUUAAAAAUUACCUCAACUGGCAAACAAAUGAGCAAAAUCUGAAUCACUGCUCUGCACUGAGCAAAUCACAAAUGGAAAAGUGCAAAACCCACAGCCAUUCAUCUAGGUUAGAAACUACACAUACAGAAGGACUGAAUGUGCUCAACUCCUAGUUUCUGAUUCGAGCCCUUAAAAAAAAAAGAGCAAACCAGCAAACACCUGAGUUCCAGGUUGAUUGCACACCUGUAGAUUUCCCUCGGACCAUCAGAUUAUUAUCAUAUGUAGGACUUAAGAAGAUAUUGCCUGCAGUCUCCACUGCCUGCAUUCCUCAAGCACAGUUAUAAUUAAUGAAUAGCUUUUCAGAUGGGAAUGGAAAUCAUGGCUAUGACCUGUUUCUCCUGGGAUGGCUUAUGGUUUGACUUGUUGCCAAAGUUAAAAUUUAAAUUAAACAAGUAUUUAAAGUGCAGAA